CAGUAUAGUUGUGUUGUUGUGUGUUUGUGUCUGUAUUCAUGCAGUAAAAUGGCAGAAGCCAGAAUUUCUCAGGAUGAGUUCAUGUGUCCAGUGUGUCUGGAUCUUCUGAAGGAUCCAGUGACCAUUCCCUGUGGACACAGUUACUGUAAGAUCUGUAUUACAGACUGCUGGGAUCAGGAGGAUCAGAAGAGAGUCUACAGCUGUCCUCAGUGCAGACAGACCUUCAGUCCAAGACCUGGUUUAGCUAAAAACACCAUGAUGGCUGAACUGGUGGAGAAACUGAAGAAGACUAAACUUCCUGCUGACUGUUACGCUGGAGCUGGAGAUGUGCAGUGUGACGUCUGUACUGGAAGAAAACACAAAGCCGUCAAGUCCUGUCUGGUGUGUCUGGAGUCUUACUGUCAGAAUCAUCUUGAACAACAUGAGAGUUGGUUUAAAGGAAAGAGACACAAUCUGACUGAUGCCACUGGACGACUGCAGGAGAUGCAGCGCUCUGCACAGACAGCAGUGGAGGACAGUGAGAGGAUCUUCACUGAGCUCAUCCGCUCCAUUGAGAGAAGCCUCUCUGAGGCCACACAGCGGAUCAGAGAUCAGGAAAAGACUGCAGUGAGUCGAGCUGAAGGACGACUGGAGCGACUGGAGCAGGAGAUCAAUGAUCUGAGGAGAGACGCUGAGCUGGAGCAGCUUUCACACACACAGGAUCACAUCCAUUUCCUGCAGAGUUUCCAUUCUCUCUCAGCUCCUCCUGAAUCUACAGACGUAAAUGACGAUCCCUUCAGUUCUCUCUCCUCUUUUGAUGGAGUGAGAGAAUCUGUCCGUCAGCUGAGAGACAAACUGGAGGAUUUCUGCAAAGAGGAGCUCAAGAAGAUCUCUGUCAGAGUCACUUUCACCAACAUUGUUCCCAGGACCAGGAACGACUUCCUACUAUAUUCCCAUCAGCUCACUCUGGAUCUGAACACAGUGAAUAAACACCUCCGUCUGUCUGAGAGGAACAGAGUGAUUACUGUCACUGACACAGAGCAGCCGUAUCCUGAUCAUCCAGACAGAUUUGAUCAUAGGUGGCAGGUGUUGUGUAAAGAGAGAGUGUGUGGACGCUGUUACUGGGAGAUUGAGUGGAGUGGUGAUGGUGUGUUUAUAUCAAUGUCAUAUAAGAGCAUCAGCAGGAAGGGAGGGGGUGAUGAGUGUCGGUUUGGAUAUAAUGAUCAAUCCUGGAGUUUGUUCUGCUCUUCCUCCAGUUACUCAUUCAUACACAAUAACAUGGAGACUAAACUCCCUGUAGUGUCCAGCAGUAGAAUAGGAGUAUAUGUGGAUCACAGUGCAGGAACUCUGUCCUUCUACAGCGUCUCUGGAGACACAAUGAGCCUCAUCCACACAGUCCAGACCACAUUCACUCAACCGCUCUAUCCUGGGUUUUGGGUUUAUGGAUCAGUGAAACUGUGUUGAUGAAUCAGAAUAGACUGUAGAGAGAUUCUACCCAUAAUGCUUUGAGCUCAUGAUGAAUCAGUAACAGUGAGAUGUUAUAGUCUCUUAUUUUCUCUUCAUUACAUUAAUACUACAGCUGAACUUCUGUCAGUGAAAUAACAUGUCAGAAUAAAUGUGUAUAAUGAAUCCUCAUAUAGAAGGUGAGAUCAAAGUGUGUGCUUGUUUAACCUACAUUGUGAGGACCAAAUGUCUCCACAAGAAUAGUAAAACCUGAGAUCACCUAUAUUGUGGGGACCAAGCAGCCAGCAUUCCUCACAAAGGAAACGGAUUAAUAAGCAUACUAAAUGAUGCUUAUUUGAAAAUGUAAAAACUUGCUAUAAUUUUUGAAUGCACAGACUGAAAUACAUGUCUCUAAUUUCAAUAGCUUCUGUAGCACAUUCCAGUCAUUUGGGGCUGUAAAUUAAAAAAUGGAACGACCAUAAGUAGAUUUCUUUCUAGGGAUAGUCAGAAAGAUAUAAUUAGAUGAUCUAGUUGUAUAUGUAUUAGUUUGAAGUUGCAGCAACUUUUGAAGAUAUUUAGUAAUAACCCUAACAAAGCUUUACAAAUAAAGAUAUACCGUAUUUUGCAUAUUAUAUGCAAUAAUGUCCAAUUCAAAAGAGAAUAUAAUUCACAUUAAUGUGUUCUGUAAGAUGCAUUAGUAAUCAGUCUAAUUGCUGCAUGAUACAACACAUCUAAUUGUUCCAGAACACCUUUACGUGCAUUUCUAUAUACCACAUGACCAUAGUCAAACAAGGGUAAAACAGUGGUUUCAACAAGAUAUUUCUUGGCUGAUGUAGUAAACACAGAUCUAUUUCAAUAUAGAAAAUUAAGUCUAGAUUUAACUUUCUUCUGAAGAUUAGUUAUAUGAUUAGUGAAAGUUAAAGAACUAUCCAGCCAAAUUCUGAGAUAUUUAUAUGAAGAUACUACUUCAAUUUUUGCCCCAUCCAAGGUUGUAAUGUCUUAAUUACCCUGUUGUUUUUUUCCAAACCACAUUACUUUUGUUUUUGUACUAUUUAGAACCAAUUUUAAAUAAUUAAAAAACUUUUAUUAAAACAGUCCUGUACCUGUUUUAAAACUUCAUCGUAUGGCGAUCCUACAGCAUAAAGAAUAGGAUCAUCAUUACUAUGUAAUCUGGAUAAUAAAAUAGAAUGAUCAACUGUAUCAAAAGCUUUAGCAAGAUCAAUAAAAAUAGCUGCACAAAAUUGUUGUGUUUCUAACACAUUAUAAAUAUCAUUCAUAACUUUUACAACUGCUGUAAUACAACUAAAUGAUAAACGAAAACCAGAUUGGACAUCAGAUGAGAUAUUACAUUUAUUAAGAAACCCUAUCGAUUGCUUGUUAAUUAAUUUCUCCAUCAUCUCUGUAACACAAGGCAAGACUGAAAUUGGAUUUAUUGUAGUUAUAUAUUAUAUAUGUUAAAGUGAUAUAAUUGAUGCACCCACUUUAAAAAAGAAGGGAUCUAAGGCAUCUAGACCAGCAGGUUUUUUGUGUUAAGUUUACAUAAUUCAUACCAAACCUAUAACUUAUUAAUUGGUUGUAAGGAAAAAGAUGAUGAAGUUUGAAUGGUUUUUGUAUGUCUCGGUUUUUUUUUUUUUUUUUUGAAAUAUACUGUCUAGAAACUUGAUUCUCAAAUAAAUUACUUGCUCUAAUAAAAUGCUAUUUUUUGUAUUGUCUGCAACAACAACAUCUUCAUUCUUUAAUGAAACAGGACCCUGCUGUAAUAGAUGUUUAUUUUCUAGUUCUGUAUUCCAGAAAGUUCUUGAGUUAGAGAAUUGCUUUUUAUAAUAUUGGGAUUUUGCUUUUCUAAUGGAUUGAGUACACAUAUUCCGA